GAUGUUUUAUAGUUGUACCCACGCAAAAAUUCCGUCAGUGACUUUAAUAUCAUUGUCAAAAUAAAUUGCGUGAUUGGUAUUAGUUUCCGUGCCCAGAACCUGUCAUCUUUAUGUAAAUUGGAUUUUGACAAAUACAAUCAAUAUAAUUCACGCAAUCAGUAAAGUUGAAAUAUAAUCAUUGGUUUUGAAAUUCCUUACAACAUAUAACCAGCAUUACGUAACAGAAAGGAUCGAGUUAAUUGCUUGAUCGUGAACUAGAGCUUCAGAUCUAGAGCUUGGUACGCCCAGCACAGAAAAUUAUUGAACUGUACACAAAAUUUAAAUAUCUAUACUCGGAGUCGACGCGAUAGUCUCGACUCUUGUGUGAGAUCAGGUGAAGCGUAUUAUAAAUUCGACCUAUUAGCCUUCUUUGUCAAUUGACUGGGAAGUACUCGCGUUUAAUCCUACCUUUGAGGGAGUUUAAAGGAAUAUUGCCGAGUCUUGAAAGUCUCGAAGAAAGGUAUGUCGCCUUCGUUGUUUUGGGGUCUUCUUAUUUUGGCAUCGGGGGGCAUUCACGCCAUGAAACCAGGCAGGUUAGACUCAUUACGACAAUAUGCUUAGGGCUUUGAAUUUCACCACAAAAUGAAAGCAAAUGUUAACUCUGCAUGGCCUGUGAUUUACCUUGCGAUAUAUCCCUAUACAGGGCAGCUCUGAAGCUUAUGUGUUGCGUAUAUCUUAAUUGUUGAUCGCUUUUUGAUACAUCGAAGUUCUUUGAAUUUUUAACAAUGUUAAUAUAUUGACUAUAAUGACUAUUGCCACAUCAUAUUAUGCUUAUCGACAACUGAGAUACAACACUAGUAAAUGUGUUGUAUUAAUCACAAUGAAUAUACCUGGAAUAUAUCAGAUCUCAUAUUCUUUAUCAUAUUGUCUAUAUCAUGAUAACGAAGUCAAAACAAUAACUUAAUCCUUGAUAUAUUAAACACAGCCACCACGGGUGUUAGCCAAGAUCCAGUGCCGGUGGUGGCUGGCGUAUAUUUAGGCUAGGGUAUAUUUUACGAUGAAUAGGUUUUACAUAGUCAACUUUUGAAUGUGCUGCUGUUAAAACUAAAAACAGCCAGUCACCUAAACUGUAUUGUCAUGCAUAUUUAUUAUAUAUCUGCUUCAUAAUUGUUCACCGUUGUAAUUUAUAUUUGCCAUGCAUACAUGGACAAUAUUUAAACGUAUUUUAUUUACUUAGUAUAUGUAACAUAAUGACUAAUUUCAAAAUUUUCAAUAUAGCAAUGGUUUCACCAAAAGUGAAAGGCAGUUACGAUUUUGUGGGGGGUCAAUCUACAUAAAAUGUUUGCUUUUUUGGUAAUGAACACGUUUCGGCAUUUUGUGAUUUUCGGCACUUGUAAUUCAAUGCAUUUAUAUGCAUUCUUACAGGUUUAGAGGUUAUGAUAAUUACUGAUUAAUACAAACUAUAAAAAUAGCAUCAAAUAAAAGCGACCUUUAUAAAACGUUUUUCCUUGUUAUGUGUAUUAAUGUUACUAUGGAUAUAUGAAGAAAAAAAAUAAUUUAAUAUAUCUUGAUUAAUUUAAAUAUAGUUCAUGCAACAUGAUCGUUUUCACAUAUCUGGGAAAAUUUAUACCUUCAUUGACUGAUAUAGAUGGGUAUACAAUUGGUAUGUUGGUGAUUUGGUAAAAAAUUUAAACACAUGUUCAGAGCAACAAACGGCAACACUUUAUUUUAGCAUUAAACUGGUUAUCAGAUCAUUGUCAUCGAGUUGUUUUUCAACGAAGAUACGUAGCCACAUAGCUAUACAAGAUUCUCUGUUUAUAAUAACAACUUCAUAUGUCUCCGAGACACCAAUAUUGGUACAUUGAAUAUUCAAAAGAUAUUAAAUUUACAAAUUAAAGAGACUAGAUUCACUAACUAUGUUUCCGAUCACGUUUAAAUCACAAUGUUGACAGAUUCUUUCAUCGCAUGAAACAUUUGCUAUAUCAACUAGUUUCAAUCUAUAGGAGCUGAAAUUCUGUGCAUAAUUUUAAAAAUUUAGUGUAUACAAAAACAAUUAUUAUCAAACGUGAGGGAACCACGAUUUAGAUAUUUUGCUUUUGGUUGAAGGGAAGACACUGUCUUUCAACAUUGGAUUUCCCGGCAUUUAAACACAUUGUUGGCGUGAUUCAUUUAAACACAUUGUUGGCAAUUAAUGAAUAAUGAUUAAUGACACAGCAGGAUCUUUCAAUCCCACCUACAUGACUACUGGUUUUAAAAUACUAUCGACUUUGCUAACAUUUUAAGCAAACAAUGCCUAAAUACCAAACAAACAGUUGAGAGAAACUACACGCGUGCCUUGGCUGAGAGAAGUCGAAACCUAUGCAUACAAUAAUACACAACAGUUGUUGAAUAUGGUGAAACAUUUCAUGAAAUUAUGUAUCCAAUAUCAACCCUAAUCCGUAAAUAUUUCUAUAGAUCACGUACAUUGCUCGAGUCAAAAACUUCCUCUCGUAAGAUAACAAUAUUAUUUAUUCAACAUAAAUAACAUUUUAAAAGUUUUUCAGUAAACAAACCUCACCAUAUCUUUAAAGUAUAUGUACAUUAUAUACAGUUUUAUAAAGUCUAAAAUUAGUCUAAAAUUAACGUAAAUUCCGAUUGUUCACGUGAGCAUGGAUAUAAUUGCGACAUUAUGUCACAAAUAAAACAGUUCUAAACUCAUUUAAAAAUCUCAUUUAAUAAUUCACGAGGAAAAUACAAAAGAAAUGAAUGUUUAAUCAAUGUUUGUAAAUCGGAUAAAGAUUUGUUCUGAUUUAUAUAAGUCUACAUAAACUUCAGCUUUAAUUUUCUCGGCUUAGACAAUGUUUAUUUUUAAAAUUACUUCGCCAAUGAACUCACAAGAUGGGUCGUUUUUUAAGCACGUUGUAUAUCAGAUAAAGAUCGGCUUCUCAUGUUUUAAAUAGUACUUAAUAAAGGAUGUAUAUAUUUGGUGACGUUCGUAUUACGUACACAAAGUUUGAAAUUUUUACGUUCUCCCUCCCCCUUGUAACGCAAUUAAGAACAGUAGAAAUGACGUCACGCAAGAAGUGAAAAUAUUUCGACUCCCACUCCAUAAUAGUGCGUGCGUAUACUAUGUGAAUCACCCCUUUACACGUCAGUGAAUGUGAAAGCGCAACCAUGAUGUGCAUCAUAUGUUGUGAUUUGAGAAUCACUCUUAAUGCUUACACACUUAAGUUAAAGUUCAUUCUUUGAGAGUGGAUCAGUAUUGAACGUUUUUGGUGUCCUUUGAAAAACCUUAAAGGUUCGAUUCCCACCGUGGCCAGGCAUAUUUUUCAAUCCUGCAUGCCCGGUGUGGAUAUACACUCAGAGUAACAUCACAAGCAUCAUAUUCACCUGAGUACAUUACACCAACACAGAAAAAUAUCUAAGCCUUAAUUCUUAAACCUUAAAUUCUAAGCGUGCAAAGCAUAAUGGGUAGCAUCGAAAUCAUAUGUGGGGCCCAUUUCUUAGAGACAUGGUAAAUAUCUCCUUACGAGAACAAUACAUUCACAAAUAGCUGCAAUAUUCAACUACUAAGCUUCAAACUUGUGCUAUCAUUAAGCUUUGCGCGCUUAGAGUAAGGUUUAAAGUUUAGAGUUUGCACACAACCUUUUAUAAAUUGGCUGCAUACAUCAGGAAGAUAAAUUGUUGACGUGUUGUUGACUGUAAGCUAUCUGAAUUUACAUAUAAAUAGGGUAAUAUUUGAACACCUAUACAUGUCAUUGCCCCUCACUGCUGCGUGGCUUACACUAUCUCACUAUCAGAGGUUUUUUGUGAUCACAGCAUGCAGGAAUUUUGCAUCGGUAAAUUAGAUAAGUUUUGAAAGAUUUGUAAGAAAUUACGGGAACCACUGAGUAUUUUGAUACAAUGCAAAACAAUAGAUACUCCGAAAAUUGAAAGCAUUUUGAAAAAUUUAUUUCGACGUUUCGACUAAACUAUAGUCAUCAUGAGGAAAUGAAUGAUCAUUUUAAAUUUUUCAAAAUGCUUUCAAUUUUCGGAGUAUCUAUUGUUUUGUAUUUUGUAAGAAAUGUUUAAGAAAAACAACAAAAACUGACAUACUGUGUUAAACAUUGAGUCAGUUCCUCAAACAUAUCUUACAAAUCGUUCCUACUGGGCCCUACUGUGAUCACAGAAACCAAGCCUUUAAAUCAUGCAGAGCUUGAAUGUGAGCCACCUUAAAGUAAUAUGAGAUGCUGCUCUGAGUGUGUCGACAUCGGGCAAAAGUUUGCUUGGCUGCAGUGAAACCCGCGGUCUUUAGUUGGCUAGUCCAACACUCUACGAGGUGAGUUACAAAAUCAUUGUUACAAUCAUAAUUAGAAUAUGAUGUUGCCUUCGAACUCUUGAACUGCUGGAUUAUAAGACUUACUGUAUAUGCUUGACUAACAGGUAGUUUUUGAAUUUUGCAUACCCGAUGUCUUGAUAUUGUACAAAACUUGCCUAUACUCCGUCUCCAGGUAUCUUUCCCAGUUAACUCAACCGAUGAACAAAACUACCAUGCUCGAAUAUAGACUAUCUCGUAAUGCUUAUAUGGCAAUGACUCCAGUGAGCUCUCAUCCCAAACUAAGACUGUAUGUUUUUUGUGUUGUAUAUUCACGGCUUCGCGUCAGCCACCUGUUUCGUAUAGGUGCACGAAGUUUUAUAUUCAGUGUUUUUGAACUCUCCUGCAGCGGUUUAGUUUGAACUGUCAGUAUGAUUUUGUAUCGCAAUUGCUUUAUCCGCUUUUUAUUAGGAAAAUUUCAUUAAAUUUAAUUAAAUAGUUUUAUUGUUUUGCCAACGUGGCUCGGAGUAACAGCAUUCAAAGUCUUCAAAUUGUUUUCAACGAGAAAAGAGCGGGAGACAUUAGUUUUAUCGCCAUAUCUUCCUUCACACCACUUCAGUUUUCGAACAGAUGUUUGUAGCCUUUAUCGGGCGACAACGCUUUCAAAUUCCGAUCUUAGGCGUGCAUAUUGAGAAGAUGUGUUAAAAUUAUUCAUGGCUAAAAAUGGAUUGAUGUAUAUUAAAAUCAUAAUAUAAAACUAUACGAGAUGGGAAUAAAACAGUUACGAUGUAAAAAUUAUUUCAAGACUAUUAGUAAGACUGCAUGCAUGGGUGAAGCUGAUGAGAGUAUAUAAAAAGAUUUUAUAAACAAAAAGAUAAGGCUACGGUAAGAAUUUAAAUUGUAUAUCAUUUAAAUGCAUGAUUAUAUCUAUUAUAGCCCAAUAUAGGAUUUUUAGUUUGCUAAUUUUUGUUUGCUAAUGGCUAUAAUGCGCACAGCCAAACAAGUAUUCGUGAGAUAAUAUCUAACAGCUUUUAAUGCGACGAAGGCCCUUCUGUAUAUGUAUAUAUGUAUAUAUAAAUAUAUAUAUAUAUGUAUAUAUAUGUAUAUAUAUGUAUAUAUAUGUAUAUAUAUAUAUUAUAUAUAUAUAUUAUAUAUAUAUAUAUAUGUAUAUAUAUAUAUAUAUAUAUAUAUAUAUAUAUAUAUAUAUAUAUAUAUAUAUAUAUAUAUAUAUAUAUAUAUAUAUAUAUAUAUAUAUAUAUAUAUAUAUAUAUAUAUAUAUAUAUAUAUAUAUAUAUAUAUAUAUAUAUAUAUAUAUAUAUAUAUAUAUAUAUAUAUAUAUAUAUUUAACAUACAUAUAAAAUAUAUAUAUUAUAUAUAUUUAGCUAUUUUAACUUUAAUUUCAACUUGGCUUCAUAGAAAGAAACCUAAAUCAGUUUCAUCUUAGUGUUAUUUAAGUUGGAAAACAUCAGAAAAACAUUUACGCCAGACAGUGACAUGCUAAAUGAACAGAACAUUUUCUUAGUCCGAAAUAAAACUUAGGUAUACAGCCUGCAGUAUAAUUCUAUAUAUGCUAACAUAAUAUGCUUACUAAACCAAACAAAUAGUCUAACUGAAAUGUAAAACUAAAAGUAAAUGAAACUUACUUCAUACGUUUCAGCCUCUAGCGUCCUUAAUAUAUGAGCUGCCGAUGAAGCCCUCCCCUAGAGGCUAAAUAUUGAUACAGUAAAAAAAUAAAGAAUUAAUAAUGUAUGUGAUUUAAAUGAAAAGUCAUUAUUGGCAUAUUGCUGAAACAUAUGGCGUUUCAUAGCACGAAAUGUGCGGCUUACGUAGCUGUAGAGUCAAGCUGUGGCCUCAAUUAAACAGCUUUAGUGAAAUAUUUUCACGUAUAGUCGUACACGCGGUUAUAUACAAGACUCAAGAAAACAUCAUUUUUGACGUAAUAUAUUAUCCAAGCUUCUGCCACGGACCAAAAGCAAUCAGAAGUUGUCGUAAAAAGGUCGAAAACCAAUUUUAUGUCUUUUUAAUUACAUAGGUUCAGAAAUAUUGUUUUCAAAGGGAAGAUAACUGCAGACAAAAUGGCGUUCAACACAGUUCAUUUUAAUCUCUUCUUAUAUAUUGUUGUUAUUGUUUCAAAUAUUUAUGCAGGUACGAAUUGUAUUAAAUGUAAUAAUUACGAUAAAAUACGAUUAUCAUUAUUCAGAACUGUGCCAGUAUAGUGCCAAUAGGCAAUAAUAACGAAGGUUUCGUUGACAGGUAUGCAACUACGUGAAAAAUACAAGGAGAAAUUUGACGUUUCGAGCGAAGGCCCCCAGCUAACUUCCACCGACGAAAGGCCUUCGCUCGAAACGUCAAAUUUCUCCUUGUGUUUUUCACGUAGUUGCAUCCCUACCAAUGAAAGCUUUGUUAUUAUUAUUAUUCAUGUUCACCUCCAGGUUUAACGUCUUCGUAAACAAACAAACAAACAAAAACAAACAAAACCAAGAAUUGCAAACAAACACACAAGUAAACAAAACAAAAACCAUAUAUACGCAACAAACAAACAAACAAACAAACAAACAAACAAACAAACAAACAAACAAACAAACAAACAAACAAAUAAACAAACAAACAAACAAACAAACAGCACACAAGUAAACAAAACAAACAUAUAUACGCAACUAAAACAAACAAACAAACAAACAAACAAACAAAUAAACAAACAAACAAACAAACAAACAGACAAACAAACAAACAAAAGAUUACUACACAAACAAACAUAUAAGUAAACAAAGCAAACAUAACAGACAAAUAAACAAACACGCUAGUAAACAAACCAGUGAAACCAACAAACAAACAAACAGACAAACAAACAAACAAAAGAUUACUACACAAACAAACAUAUAAGUAAACAAAGCAAACAUAACAGACAAAUAAACAAACACGCUAGUAAACAAACCAGUGAAACCAAACAAAAACACUUAAUAAACAAGUAACAAAAAAACAAACAAACAAACAACUAACAAGCACACAGUAAACAACACAAAGUUAAACAACACAAAAGCAAACAAAAGAAACAUUACGUUAUGUUUAGGAAAUCACACAAGUCACUUCGAAGCACAAGAAAAGUUGAUCAGCAAAAUAGUUUUAAAUUCUGACAUCAGAAAAGAAAUCUUACCCAUGGCUAACAGCUCAGCACCAGUCCUUCUGAGAAUUAAGGUUGGAAUAAGACAAAUUGCAACAGUGGUAAGAUAACAUCUCAAAAUACAAUCCAUAUAAAAUCAAUCCAUAUAUAUGUUCUAGAAAAUAUAAUUGAAACUGGUCUGAACUUUGUCAACUAUGGAUAAUCUAAUUUAAAUUUAUAUAACGUAACUUAUACUGGAACGAUGCUAUUGUUAUAUAUAUAUCACUAAUAUCAGUUCUAAACUGAGAGAAACAGUCAGGAUCAUCAGUUAUUGAUCCAGUGUUACUACAGGAGGAAACCUAAAUUAAACUAACUUUAUUUAAACUGGAUAACUCUAUCAGUUCUAAACUGUUCUCCGUAGGGUUCCAGUGGUGAGCAAAGACCACCGUGUAUUGAUCCAGUGUUACUCCAGGAAGAAAACUGAACAAAUCUAUAAACUUUAUUUAUACUGACUGGCCACCCAGUUCUAAACUCUCCCCCGUAAUUUGUUCGGAAACUAUGUUUGUUUGUACUGAAUAACUCUGUUCAGUUCUAAACUGUUCAAUAAGGACUUGCUAUAAAUGCUCCUUUCUCUUCUUACCUUACAGGACGAAGUAAAUCAAGCUCUGCGCUUGAACGUAUGGUUGCGACUAUACUGGAAUAAUCCAUACUUGACCUGGGAUCCAGCAGAUUAUGGCAAUAUCACCAGUGUUCAUCUUGACAAUGGCCUACUAUGGACACCUGAUAUUUCAAUGUAUAACAAGUGAGUGAAAAAUAGGCACAUUUGUAAUACGACCCUUGGUUUUGAGUGUACGGGAGGUGUUGAUGGGGGAUAAUGCCUUCGGGGUUCCAUUUCUGCAAUAUCCAGUUGUCUGAUUACAUUUUGCAUGCUGGAAGAGUGCUUCCAGUUUGAUUCUAUCAAACACCGCAGGUUUUCUUUGAGUACUUUGGCCAAUAAGGGAUGAUCCUUACUGGACCUCUUGGGAAAACAGUUUAGAACUGAUAGAGCUAUCCAGCAUAAAUAUAAUUAGUUUAGUUUAGGUUUCUUCCUGUAGUAACACUGGAUCAAUAAGAGAUGAUCCUUACUGGACCUCUAGGAAGAACAGUUUAGAACUGAUAGAACUAUCCAGUAUAAAUAAAGUUAGUUUAGUUUAGUUUAGGUUUCCUCCUGUAGUAACACCGGACCAAUAAGGGAUGAUACUUAUCUCUAGGGAGAACAGCUAAAAAUGUGUCAUGAUAUAGUCUUCUUAUACUCACCUUUAUAUCGUUUCUAUCAGAACUUUACUUGUACUAUUGUCUUCAUAGCAACGCUAUGUUUAACAAUAAGAUCCUUGGUUUCUAGAGCGAGCCUUGAGGAAGACAUAGACAUCUUGUAUACGAGGUUGAGUACAUCAGUCGUACUGGAUUAUGAUGGAAACUGCACGUGGUUAUCGCCGGCGACUUUACUCUCCCAAUGUAAAAUAAAUGUCCGACGGUUUCCUUUUGAUGAACAGGUAAUCCCCUUCUUGCUUUGUGAAAAGCUUCGUGAAGAAGUGUCCGUAUUAGAGAAGUGCUCGUAAUAGAAGAGUACCCUUAUUAGAGAGGUGUCCAUAUUAGAGAGGUGCCUGUGGGUCCAUGAUUUUAGAGAGGUAUCCAUCAGGUUAUAUUUGAGAUUAUUAUUAUAAUUAUUAGAAAUGUCAGUUGGUAUUUGGCUCAUGGACUUAUUCAGCUCUAAAGAUAGACGUGGACUCCGCCGGGGCUGACGUCAAAGAUUUUCUACCAAACGGAGAAUGGGAUGUCCUGGGAUACCCUAUGGAACGGUUUGUCAAACCUUAUUCUGGUAUUCCGUAUACAGAGGUCGCGUUAACGCUCCACAUUAAACGGCAACCGCUGUAUUACACGCUGAAUCUCAUCCUUCCGUGUACUGUCAUCGCUACUUUAGCUUUCUUGUCAUUUGCGCUGCCUUCAAAUCACGGGGAACGAAUUUCGCUGGUUAUCACCGUUCUGCUUGCAAUGUCUGUGUAUAUGCUCAUUGUUUCAUCGACCUUGCCGCAGACCUCUGACGCGAUGCCUGUCAUUGGGACGUAUUUUCUGUGUAUUAUUGUCGAAACAGCGCUCUGUCUGCUAGCAACCUGUUUCAUAGCAAAAAUUCGCGACCACGAAUCUGAAAUACCUAAAUGGCUUGACAAACUUGUGAAUAAACGUCUCGCACGUUUGCUUUUUAUGUCGAAUGCGAUUGAAGGCUAUGAUGAAGUCCCAAAACUUAUCAAAUUAAAUGGUCAUCCAAAGACAGUAGACAUAAGCUUAAAUGAAGUAAAGCUCUCGGAUGACACGAAAACAGCGCGAAGCAAUCAUACAACAAUGCAGAAGCUACGUGAUGAGCUCGCUGUGCUAACGAAUGAUGUUAGUAUGAGGCAGAAACGUGAAGCAAAGCAACUAAAAUGGCAAAACGUCGCGAGAGUUCUCGAUAGAUUUUUCCUGCUCUUCUUUCCAUUGAUUUUUGUUGUUGUCACAGCUGCUGUUUUUGCUUGAAAAGUUUGGAGGUUGAAACAAAAUUUCUGGAUAGUUCAGCCGAAACAAAGUGCAUUGGCGAGAUGGACUUUUUAUGGGCGUCGACUGGACGAAAGAAAAAGUGGAGAAUCACAUGUAGCAAUUAAUUGUAGCUUUCAGUGUCAGUGGGCGCAAUAGUAGUAGUUCAUUUAAACGUAGUCACGAUUGCUUUAUUGUGGCAUUUUAAAUGUCGGAAUAAGUUUUAACAAAAAGCAUUACAAAAGCACCACAUGAUAAAAUCGAAAUAAAUAAGUAGAACUUUAUUUACAUAUAGCUUAUUUAGGUUUAUUUACAAAGUAAAACUGCUAAGAAUUAAUCAUAAAAUAUUUGUAAUGCAUGGCCUUGAGAUUAUUUACAGCAAUAUCAGGUUUGAACGUGCUUUAUACAGUUGGGAAUGUGCAUUGCAAUACAAUUAUUUACUACAGAGUAUAUAUUUUAAUUAACAUAUCGUUUUAUAGUUUAUUUGACGAAACACUAUGGAGUGAAUAUUAAAAUUAAGCUUUGGUUAUGUUGGGUUUAAACUGCAAAACAGCCUGUUAAACAUUGUCAGCUAUCAAUAAGAUAUUUUGUAAGAUAUCAGCCGAUUCAAACAUAUUAGCAACACCAAGCUUAACGAUAAUAUCCACUGUAGUGUUUUAACUUUUAAACAAAAAUUUCCUAACUUGAUCAUAAAAUAAUCUCAUGACGUCAUCUGAUGGCGUGAUCAUCCUUAUGAAGUCAUCAUCUCAUGACGUCAUCACUUGAUAUCACAAAGCAGUGCAACCCCCCGGAGUAUCCAGUGAUCUGGAUUCUGAUUGGUUUUUAGUUCGACGUCAGCAAUGUACGUCAAAUCCGUCCGGCGAGGUUUCUUAUAUACGGGACAUUGGUACAUCCGGGAAUCUCGUGGCGCUGUCGAAUUGAUGGCGUAGAUAUGUAUAACCGGAAGUGGCGUGAACAACACCUUCGCGGCAGGUUCGAUAAGUUUCGAGCCUCUACGGUCCCAGCCUGCGCCGUCCAGGUAUAGGCCGUACACAUAGACUCCCUCUGUGGGAGGUUGAGAAACAUCGUCUUUGUAGAAGCGAGUUACAUCGUUGUGUAGAACAACGCAGUCUAAAGCCCAACCCUUGUGUGCUCGAGUUACUUCCUUUAAAAAAAUAUUUAUACACGAGAUAAAAACUCACGUUUGCGUGCAGUUGACGGCGCUGGUUUGUCUCAGACAAUGGACCGAUGAUUUGUUUAGGGAUUACAUUCAUUUACUCAAACCAGAAGAACGAAACAUGUCUGUGAUUAUACCUGCUUGCAUGAAGACACAAGUCUGGAGUGUUGAAACAUUGUGUGGUGAAUGCAAUUUGUUUGGCAAUUACAUUCAUUUAUUUAACCCAGGAAGCAAACAUCGUUGCUGUUUACUCAAAUUAAUUUGACAA